AUGCGCACCACUUGCAUCGCCACCGUCCUCCUGGCGUUGGCACCCACGGCCAUCUUUGGUAGCCCCGUGCCUGCCCUCAAGGCGAGCGUCACCACCAGUGACCACCACGAUCUCACCGGUUCCAAGACCACCAAACUGAACCAUGGCGUCGUUAACCGCGACGACCAGAACCCCCCGACCAAAAACGCCCCUCCCGGCGACUUGUGCAUCAACGCUCAUGCCACCAUGAUUUGCACCCUCGGCGGAGAGGGCAAUCCCAACUGGAACCAGAACACCAAGUUCCCUAAGCCUGACGACUCGUACCAGUGCACCGGCGGGCCCGACAAUGAGACGUGCAUCUUCGACGACGGCCGCAAGGUUUCUUGUACCGGCAACCAGAAGACUGCUGCCGUCCAGACCAACGCCAGAGACGGCGAUGGUCCCGAUUUUACCUGUGUCACUGACGUGAGAGGAGUCUGCGUCUGCACUGGGGCUGAUGUCCGCUGCAUCAUUGAGAAGCAGGGUGAUGCUACUUGCAGCUUUAAUGGUUCCGACGGCGAUGCCAGCAAGUUGAAGGUCAAUACCGAGCGUCUUGCGGCUGUUCUUUCCACGGUUGCGCCCAAGCCCCAAGACGACAGCGACCCCUUCGAUGCCAAUCCUAACUACUCCUGUUCUCAAAUUUCGGAUUGGACUUGGUCUUGUGGUUCGAACGGUGCUGGUCCCGGCAAUCCUAGUGGAAACAGUCGUCACUCAGGCGAUGAGAAUUAUGACCCAGGUCAGGGCUGUAACCAACCGCAGGGUUUCUUUGGCGGUUGUGAUGGCAAGCCUGACUUUCACGACAAGAUCGAGGUGAAUGAUGUUCCCAAAGCCAAUGUCAUUGGGUCCGACGUUACCUGCGUUGAUCUGACCGACCGCAACAAGCUCCCCUAUCCCUCCGGCCUUAACGACUGCAGCGCCCUCCAAUCUGACUUCCUCUCCCCCAACAACACCCUCUUCAUUCCCGACCCCGAUGUCAAUCCCCCCUCCACCAACCCGGACGACUUCGUCCUCUCCUGGUCAACCGACUCCAAGACCUGCAAACACGCGGCCCAUAACACCUGUCACCUUUCCAUCUGCAACUACGCAAUCAUGGCCGGCACAAUCGUACCCGUCAAGAUCCCCAAGGCAGUGAUCAGAGAGAACAUGAAGAUGGUGCUGGAUAAGUGCGUGGAGCAGCAACAGGUGGGCGGGUAUGUGUAUCCUGAGUCGACGCAUGAUGUGACUUUAGCAAUGGGGACGCUGGAUACUACGCUGAGCUACGGAAAGAGGGAUGUGGCUACUAACGACGGUAAUCCGGAUGAGGACUGCAGUGUGGUGGAGAGCUUUUACUGGUAUUGCAAGGCCAGGUGA